GUCACGUGACGAUCAUAAAACUAAACAGAAGCACGUUGCAUCCAGUACGCUAAUGCUACACAGCUACCUUGAGUGCGAUGGAGGACAAGAAAACUACCCGUAGACAGGCCACAGGCAACAAUAUAGCAUUUGACGACGUGUUGGUGCCAAGAAAAAACUCCACGUCAGUUGUAUGGAGGUAUUUUGGUUUCCAGAAGGACGACGUGGAUCAAAAGAACACGCAGUGCAAAGUGUGCAGGAAAACCAUCGCCACGAGGCAGGGCAACACUUCUAACCUGUUUCACCACCUAGAGCACAACCACAAUGCGGAGUACGAAGCCGUUAAAUUGGCGAAGAAGCACAGCGAGAAUGUGAGCAAAACGCUGCAGUCCGGCAUAGCGGAGGCUUUAGUCGUGGCUACACCUUACGAGCGAACUACCAAAAGGUGGUUAGAAAUAACCGAUGCCAUAGCCUACCACAUCGUCAGAGACAUGGCUCCGAUAGCAACAGUGGAACAACCGGGGUUCAAACGUUUGAUGCACGUAACAGACAAACGUUACAGCAUCCCAUCUAGAAAGUACUUUUCCAAGACCGCCAUCCCGAAGAUGUACACUACGGAGAGGGAGAGAGUUCUGGCCGAACUUCGAGAUGUUCAAUACUUUGCAGCCACGUCAGACUUGUGGUGCAGUCGAACGACAGAGCCCUACAUUAGUUUAACGGUCCAUUUUAUAAACGACAAGUGGGAGCUUUGCACCCGGGUGCUGGAAACGGCCUAUUUCCCCGACGACCACACGAGUGAAAUGAUAGCUCAGGCCCUCAAACAAAUGAUCUCUGCGUGGGACCUGAAGCUGGAGAACUUGGUAGCCAUCACCACCGACAGCGGCUCUAAUAUUUUCAAAGCAGCUAAACUAAAUGAGUGGAUGCGUGAGCAAUGCUUUGGGCACAUACUGCACCUGGCAAUAGAAAAUGCUCUGGAAAAAAAUCCUGUUGUAGAUAGGGCCAUGAGGGCCUGCAAGAAGAUUGUGAGUGCAUUUUCAUACAGUUGGAAAAGGAUAAAGGCACUCAAGAAGGCACAGAAAGAGCUGGACCUUCCCCAACACAAGCUUAAAACAUCCUGCCCAACAAGAUGGAGAUCCAUGCAUCUGAUGACGGCCAGACUCCUCGAGCAAAAGAGAGCCAUCACACAGGUCCUCUCUGAAGAUCGCGCCUCAAGGCACCUCGUGCCUACAUGGUCCGACAUCGAUGUGCUAGAGGCCAUCAGCAAAGCUCUCGCUCCGCUGGUGGAGUUCACCGAUGCCCUAUCAGGAGAGGAGUAUGUAACCAUCUCUUCAGUGAAGCCCGUGCUUCAUAUACUCCGAUCUCGGGUGCUGGCUAAGGAGGAAGAGGACGUGGCUCUUACAAAACAGCUCAAAUCUGACAUACUGGCCUACCUGGAAGAGAAAUUCUCAGCUCCAACUACCACAGAACUUUUGGACAUUGCGUGUUUUGUUGAUCCUCGAUUUAAGAAUUCAUACAUCUCUGCAGACCGUGUCCCCGCCAUUCAGGAAAAGAUGAAAACAGAGAUGGAGUCAACUGCUGCCGCUACAACUGAGUCUGAGCCUUGUACGUCAUCAUUACCGAAGAGGCCAAAGAGAUCUUUGGGAAGCUUUUUCAAAGAAAGUGAGGUACUCCCCUGGACGACAUCUGUUCUAUCAUGUCAGCAAGCAAUAGAAGGUGAGCUGAAAAGCUACUUGGUGUCCCCUGCGCAAGAUAGUGACGGAAAUCCACUACAAUGGUGGAGAGAGCACCAUGCACACUUCCCCAGUCUGAGCAAAAUUGCAAAAAAGUACUUGUGUGUACCAGCCACUAGUUCACCGCCUGAGCGCGUUUUCAACUCUGGAGGCAAUAUUGUAACAUGCUUCAAAUCCUGCCUGAAACCGGAAAUGGUUAAUAUGCUGGUGUUUCUCAGUAGGAACUUGAAGUAAACACUACUGUUUUGAGUUGCCAGAUACUUGGUCCUCGGUUUGAAGCGCACUGUGACAGCCCAUCUUGCAAUAUUCACAAUGUUUGUAAAAUAUCAGGCAUUUUCUACUUCAACUUCACAUGACAGUCUUGUUAAUUGUGUGUUUUGUUGUUCUGGCCAGAUUGUGACAUUACCUCAAAAAAGGCUGCCUUAAGUGCCUUUAUAGGCCUUUGCAAUUGGCAACCUUUACACUAUUUGCACCAAAUAUUUUUUCCCCUCCAAUUUUACUGACAUUGUUCAGCCGUUUUAAAUAUUUAUGCCUAAAUGCUUGUUUGUGCAUGUACAGUGAAGAAAAUAUAUAUUUGAACACCCUGCUAUUUUGCAGGUUUACCCACUUAACCAUGAAGGAGUCUGAAAUUUUCAUCGACACAGGACAGAGGUUAAGUCAAAUUUAAUCCAUUUUAACUGGCUGCAAGUGUGAUUUAGUUAUUGCCACCACCUGUGCUGUUAUUUACUCAAAUUAGAGAAGCAUCACAUGAUUUUUCAAAGGGUGCUAAUACUUUUGUCCAGCCAAUUUUUGGAGUUUAAUGUAAAAUUGUGUUUUUUUUUUUUUUCCAUUGCAAGCAAAAUAAAUGAAGAUAUUUCAACCAAAGCAUUUGUAAUUGCAAU